GCUGCCCUCACCAACGCAGCGGUUUUGUCUUCAGUCUCAUCUCAGUAUGUCGGGAAGAGGAAAAGGCGGUAAGGGGUUAGGCAAGGGUGGUGCUAAGCGCCAUCGUAAGGUCUUGAGAGAUAACAUCCAAGGCAUUACUAAGCCGGCGAUUCGGCGCCUUGCUCGGCGUGGAGGAGUCAAGCGCAUCUCUGGCCUCAUCUAUGAAGAGACCCGGGGUGUGCUAAAGGUGUUCCUAGAGAACGUCAUUCGGGACGCAGUCACCUACACCGAGCACGCCAAGCGCAAGACUGUCACUGCCAUGGACGUGGUGUAUGCCCUCAAGCGGCAGGGACGUACCCUGUAUGGCUUCGGAGGCUAAGCUGCCGCUUCGGCUCAGCGUAUACUUCAUACCAACGGCCCUUUUUAGGGCCACUCA